CGCCAAGACACAAGCUACAGCAUCCGAGACCAUGGAGAUGUCACAAUUGCAAUCCGCGAGAUUCUUGAGCAAUAACUUGGAAUUACUUGGAUUCGGAGACCCCACCUCGGCAUUGAUUCAGGCCAUCAAGGAGUUGUUUGAAAAUGCUCUCGACGCCAUGCAACACAACGAAACGGGGAUGAUUGCUGUACAAGUAAGGGAAGCGAAUGGAAAUGCGAAUGUCCUUGAAAUUAUUUGCACCGACACAGGGUCAGGCAUGCAGGCCAACCAAAUUGCACGGUUGUGUGGCAAUGUAUUUGCGACAACGAAAUUACCUGGGACAACGACGAAGUCGCAGUGCGGGAAAUUCGGUACAGUUGGGGUGACAUGUGAAGCGUGGCGAACUCAUAUCUUGCGUGAACAUUGAACUAACCCUACCUUUUCCAAGGCCUUGGGUUAAAAGCUGCAUUGCUGUACAGCCAAACACAAGUAUCGAUCGAUGAUGCGUGUUUGAAAGUUGCAUCGACACUCAAUUCUUCUGAAUUUUAUUAUGCGGAAUUGGUAAUCCACCCUGAAGCCCCUUCACCGGACGGUGGGCACUGAGAUUCGCCUCCAACUUCCCCGGCCAGUCAACCUGAUGGACGCGCUGAAAGCGCUCAUGUAUUACUUCGACACCUUGCGCUUUUGUUUGGAAGCUGCCGUAUCAGUGGACUUCGGGUGUGACGUUCCAGGGUUUGAUCAGUGCAAGAUUCAUUGUUCGUCCAUGGUUUCUCCUGUGGAGAGAUUCUUGGAUGCAUUCAAAUGUCCAAGUAAUGCGUUGGCUCAGGCAAAUGUUGACUGCAAUUCGUUCCAUGUGGAUUGUCUUGCUGUGGCACCCUACCUUGACGAAGUCGACCUGGAUGGACGGUGUUCCAUUGCACUUCACGUCAUGCGGUUUGUCAACCACGUUCCGUUACUACCAGAGAAAGACAUUUAUGUGUGUGCAAUCAUUGCAGCCAUUCAGCGCAGCAAUUGGAGGUCUUUGGGAUACAAGUGUGUCAUGUCGGAAUCCAUCUAUGCGCCGUUGCAACUGGUGCCGCUGACGGUCAAUGAGAGAAUGAGCAGUCAAGAAUCCAAGCAUGUUGUCAUAUCAGUCAACAUGGAUACGUGCGGAGAACCCACCAGGUACUCGUCAUUGACCAAGUCAGCGCUGGUCGAAGCAACGUACGGUGAAGGGGUGCAAAAUUGCAUGGCGCUCAUGUUGGAUCAGCUCGCCCUGCUUUAUCCAGUUUUGUUUGAACGAAGGGCAAAUCCGUCCACAGAACUGGCACGCAACUUUGCCCCUCUGAUAGUCACGUCGGUGUCUGGAAUCCUUCUCAACGCCACAUUUGCUGGGGUUGAUGUUACGCAUUUUGAAGCGGGAAAUCCACUCUAUGGAGUUCAAUCGCGGCUGGAGUUGGAACACCGCGUGCUGGACAUCAUGACAACGCUCUUGUGAAGCUGACGAAGACAUGCUGUCAUCAAAUCUUUUGAAAAGACUGACUAUACUCGAUGUCAAAGUAUCAAACGUUUGUGAAUGCCUGACUGACCAUUAUGAUGGAUUGUUUUCGAGGAGUCCUGUUCCGCGCUUGACACAUCCAGCCCAACACGCGACGUCAAGGUCGUAGGAGUGCGUGAACUGCAUCUUUGCUCAAUCAGAAUGCGGUAAUCGAAAACAAAGCCCCAACUCCGCAA